AUGGGAAACUGCUUGAAAAGCACUGGUCAGGAUGAUAUUUCGCUUUUACAUGACGACGAAAGCUUAGAUUCACCAAGGACAGGCGAACCUCCACCGCCAUACCAGGUUCAAAAAAUAACUCAAUAUGUACAUUUCCUUCUCGUUUAAUUACUCUAGCAGAGAUUGAAGUGACGUUUUCUGUGUUUUAUUGAAGGAGGAAGCGCCAAUCUUUAUUCAAAGCCAACAUGCUCCUCAUCUGCUGUCCGAAGAACAGCAGAUUCGCUUAGCACAACGUCUUGGUCUAAUUCAACAUCUUCCAGUCGGAAAGUACGAUGGCUCGAAAGGAAAAAAGAGAGAGUAAGGAUAUUCUUUGUGUUGUAAAAUUACGUCAGAUCUUGCUGUUUUCUUAGAUACUGUAGGACCUUUCUCAGAAAGGUGAAAGUUGAAAAACUGUAUUUACGUAAAGCAGCAAUUAGAUACGAAAUCUGUUUAAUAUUUUAUUCUAAAGCUUCUUGGCUGUAACCCUUACUGUGGUUUCGAAUAAUCCAGACUUUUUUAAUUGCGAGCUGUGUGGAUACAAUGGAAUGUUUCCGUGACAGGUUUGUGUUUUUGUUAGCGUGCUUACUUGAGAGCAUUUUCUCUCUUAUGAAUAGCAGUGUUGUGUAAGAUUAAUUUUCAGAGGAAAUGGUCCCUCUCUUUUUGUGUAGCAUCCCUUUAUUCUUGGUCCAUCACUCACAGAUGUGCGUUAAAUUUGUUAUUCGAAAGAGAACACGAAGCGCAAAUGUUUACGUAGUGCUCAGCUUAGAGAUUUUCCGAACCAAGUUCACGGGAAUGCGAGAAUUUUGAAGCAAUUAUUUAAUUCAAUAUACCCACGCGAUGUUACAAUAGGUCCUCAGACCUCGCUCGCUUUUUUUGUUUACCGCGACUUCCGGCGUGGGAAGGCAGCAGUUUCCUGUCACAAUGGGCCCUUUUGAGUAUAAAUUGUUACCCUUUGAUAAAAACUUAUAAUAUGAUUCAUUCAAACGUCGAAGGGCAACAAUUCUGUUACAGAGAAAAGAAGAAGCGCUGUUUCUGCCCAUUUUUUAUUUAUAUGAAACCUAAAUGAUAUUCUGGACUUCGCACUUGUACGUGUAAUAGCAUAAUAUUUCUGGGAAACAGGAAAGGCAAUGUAAGAAGUUCUAGGCGUCUUUCAAAGCAGACUUCCCCUUUUCCUUGUGUUAACUUAUGUUAUUAAUUUACCCCAAAUAAGUUCAUAGCGAUAAGAAAACGCGUGUUUGAACUACAAAGAAGAGAUGAUUAUCAUAUGCUUAUACAUGUUUCUGUGUAUUAAAAUUUUCGUCGGAUGGUACGUGACUUCAAUGUAGACAAACACUUACAGUACUUCUAGUGUUGAUAAAAUGUUAUUAUUUGGGGAAGACCCCUUUACUUUUGAGUAACUGGGAAGGUAUUUUCUCUUUCAUUAUUCGGGUGUUUUUAGGUAACCCACCUUUUCCUUUCAAUUUACUUUGUUGAACAUCAGUGAGAUGAUUUACGGCCACCUGCACGAAAAGGUUAUAAUGCAAUUAUUUAUUACUUGCCUCCACAUGAAUGCUUGGCAAAGAAAUUUUGGUUUAAAUUUUUGUGUUACUUAAAUUUUCCUAAUUUUUUUUUCUGAAGGCACUCAAUUUGUGCUUUCAAUAAGCCAAGUUGAGAGUUCUUUCUCUGAUCAUCACUUUGCUUUGUUGAAAAACAAUGCAAAAAAAGAAACAGGAAUAGUUGGAAUUGUUUGUGUGUUGGACAUGUACCAAUAAAACCUCUUCUUAUUGGUAAGAGGGGUCCUAAAGCAAGUCAAGGAGGUCCAAAAAUGGGGGUUGUGAAGCAACCCAAGUAAGCAGUCCCGAGCGGUCGUCUUGUCCCGCUUGAAGGGUUUUGAAUCUUAUUUCCCACUGGUCAAAAUUAAAAGUUGGGGCCGUGCUUUCUUGAUUGCUUGAUGGGUGAUUUGCCCAAAAGUGACAAAGCGUGGCUUAAAGCAAUGACAUGUGGACGAAUGACAACAACAUCGUUCACAGUUUAUCCGGUUGUAGCUAUAAUUUAUUCAGUGACCCCAUUUUGGGCCACUAAAAUUCUCCCACUGCAACCAAGACAAGUCGUUUCAUGUGACAAAAAAAACUGAAUGACUACAAAGGACUUUGUGAAAAUCUUGUGUACAAUGAACAAAAAGAGAAAGCAAAUAGGGUUUCUAGAAUGGCACUCCUUAAAAUAUGGUUUAAAGAGCACUCAGUGGCUUUCUUUUAAUUUUUUACUGUUAGGAGUUACCAGUAGUACUCCAGAUCAUAACUAAGCUUGUAAAAAUGCUUCUUCCGAGAGCUUCAUUAUUUAACUUUCAUGGUGACAGAAACUCAACUGUUUUUCUUCUCAGCCCCAAUAUCCACAUAUAUGACUUUGUACAAAUUCCCCAGAGUGAUGUCAGUACAUUUCCUUAUAGAUCUUUAUUAAUUCCCAUAACCUAAUCUGUUGAUUAUUUAGUUAUAUUGUUAGAAGAAAAUUGAUGUUGGUCACUCUUGGAAAUUAAAGGGUUAUGUGACAUUACAAAGAAACUUUUGCUUUUGCUUUUGCUUGUAUCAAUCAUUUUGGUCUUCUCAAGGUGCCCUUCUCACAUCCGACCUCAGAGAUAAGUGGUUUAGCCAUGACAAUAACAUUUGACUUCAUAUUUUUUCCAUCAGGUGUGUAAUAUGUAUGACAGACUUUGUCGUGGGUGAUCCAAUUCGGUUUCUUCCUUGUAUGCACAUAUAUCACAAAGACUGUAUAGAAGAUUGGCUGGUUAGGUCGUUCACCUGUCCGUCAUGUAUGGAACCUGUCGAGGCGGCACUACUUUCUACAUACUAUGAAGCUUCUACAGAAUAA